AGUGUCUGUUACAAGAGCUGGUCGGGUCGAUAUCCUCCAGAGCGCUGUUUUCUCAUUGAUUCUUUAAACAGUUCUCUGUGGGUUUCGCACGUUGUCAAAGGUAGUGUGUUAUGGCUCUCUCCAGCGCAACUAAGCGCUUUCUCGGUUCGAUCCUCCACAACAGGCUACUAAGUUCUAGUUUUACCUACACCGAUUCACGAUGUGACGUCGGCGGCGGCGGCCUCGCGAUCUUUUCCAGGAGCUUCAGCGCCGAAGUAUCUUCUUCUUCCAACCAAAUGAACUUGAUAAAGCAACUGAGGGAGCGAACCAGCGCCCCCAUAAAGGACGUCAAGGCCGCCCUUAUCCAAUGCAAUUGGGACAUUGAGGCGGCGCAGAAGGACUUGAGGAAAAGAGGGAAGGUGUUGGCGUCGAAGAAGUCGGCUCGUACGGCCGCCGAAGGUUUUCUUGCUCUGGCGCAGACUGAGAGCAAGGCUGCUCUUAUUGAGCUUAACUGCGAAACCGAUUUUGUUGCCAGAAAUGAUAUAUUUCAGCACUUGGCUUUGUCAUUGGCUAAGCAGGCUUUGCUGGUUGGAGGUGCUUCUCAGCAGGGUGCGGAGCCCUUCCAAGUUGGACCUGAGAAUCUAGAGGACUUGAAGUUGUAUCUUGAACAUCCGAAGAUUAGUGGAGAAACAACUGUACAAAAUGCAAUAACAGAAGUGGCUGCAAUGAUGGGAGAAAAUGUCAGAUUUAGAAGGGGAUUUGUGAUGUCUACUUCUUUAAAUGGUGUUCUUUCUACCUAUCUCCAUACAAGUCCCCAACCAGGUUUGGGUCGUAUUGCUGGAAUUUUAACUCUUGAAGUAGAGGAUGGGAAUUCUCAACUGGAUGCUCUUCAACGUGUUGGUUCAGAAUUGGCCAUGCAUGUUGUAGCAGCUAAGCCGUUAUUCUUAACAAAGGACCUUGUUUCUUCUGAGGCAUUAGCAAGUGAAAGGGAAAUUCUUAAGUCUCAGGCUGAAACGACUGGGAAGUCUCAGAUGGCCAUAGAUAAAAUGGUAGAAGGCCGAUUACGCAAAUACUUCGAAGAUGUUGUUCUGAUGGAGCAAAAGUUUGUUAUGAAUGAUGCCUUAAAUGUAAAGACAUUGUUAAAUAAUCUUUCCAACGAAGUGGGCUCACCUGUGAAGAUAGGGAGUUUUUUCAGAAUGGAAGUUGGAGAAGGAAUUCAAAGGCUGGAAGAAUCCAGUGCGUCUGAACCUGUGGCUCAGGUUGUUUAAUGUGAGUUGAUGUUGCUCGCUUUUCCAGUGGACUCAUAAAGGUAGAGAUUAAUGUUAAAGACGGGGUCGAGGGCCUUGCUGCGUUCUUAUUUCAUUUGAAAUUUUGACGGUCUUAGUACUUAUCGGAAGGUUAAAUAUGGUCUUAGCAUGUUUUCUUGAGCUUAUGGUUUAGAUUUAGAUAUAAGAUGAGAUGGUUUUAGAUAAAAGAUAAAAGUUGAAUAAAAUAUUAUUAUAAGAUUAUUUUUUAAUAUUA